AUGAUUCACGCAUCUUGGAACAGGCUACUGAUGGCGAAUACUUAUCUCUAUGACGUAACUAACAAUGCUGAGAACACAUGUUGUUUCCCUUUUCAGGUACAAGUCAUACUAAUAAUCUUAUUGGCUAGAGCUUUAGUCACCUAUCGUAAGUCCGAUAAAACGGAAGAAAAUGAGUACAAGAAAAGCAUUAUCAAGUCUGGAAUUCAAACUGUGGUUUGCAUAACCAUCUCAGUUGUUCUAACUUGGCUUCUGGGGUCAUUGUCUUUGAACAUCGAUCGAGAUGUCUAUCACACCUUUUUCUCCAUAUUCAACGCAAUGCAGGGAGUUGCUUUCUUCCUGUUUUACGUUCUCUUAAAUGCAGAAGUCCGCCAACUAAUACUUUCUACUUGGGAAUGGAAGAACUCUUCUGCAGUAACGCCAUUUGAUGAUCAUGAGGCCAUUGAAAUCGAAGAAGAAAAGGAAAAAGAUAAAAAGAAAGGAAAAAACAAACCAGCGGGCAAAGAAAACAGUGCCCAAGACGGAAAACAAAAGAGACUGGAGAACAAACCAAAUGAGGCUGCUAUGAGUACCAUACAGAUGGUGACCGAAGCAGCCUCCGAGAGUAAAAGUAAGAACAAAGGAAAUUCUUCGGAUACCAAGCCAGAUGUUCAGGGUAAAACACGAAAAUAUGAGGGUAUGGUUUGUGUAACUGUUGAGAGAUCACCCAGAAAGUUGCCCCCUAUAGAGCCAAACAAGAAGACCACUACGACGUCAAAAGCGACAGAGCCAAAACGAAAGGAAGCACCCAAAACAACCCCAAAGGUAAGAAGCGUAUCUCCUAUUCGUUUUGGCCUAUGCGUGUUUUAG